CAGACGAAGAAGAAGCAUCAGAGCUGAAUUUCAGAAAUGGCGAUUUCUACAUUACUCUCAACCUCUCCUUUCACACUAUCUCCCUCAUCUAGAAAAACCCAUCUCCUCACUCCAAUACCCACCACUAGGGCUCUCUCAUCAUCUCCCAUCUCUCCAGGAGGAUUGAAUCGAAACAGUUUCAUACAGAGUCAAAGUCCCAGUCUUUACUACUACCCAUCACGCCGUAACUUCACCAGACGCCGCCGCUCUUCUUCUCCAGAUGGGUUUCUCGGAACAACCAAAGAAGAUGAAAAUGACGACGAAAGCUUCCAGCUUGUUGGCGUAAACCCGUUAAAAUUGGCGAUAUGCGUUGUGUUCUGGACCACUCUCUCUCUGCUCUGGUUUGCUAGGUCCGGCGAUGCCAAAGCCGCCGCUGACUCCACCAUCAAAUCAUCCUCCUUUGGUCUCAGAAUCGCCGCCGCUCUCCGCCGGUUCGGUUGGCCUGACGAAGCUGUGGUCUUUGCUUUAGCCACGCUUCCGGUUAUCGAGCUCCGUGGUGCUAUACCUGUCGGUUAUUGGAUGCAGCUUAAACCGACGGUUCUCACUUUCUUCUCUGUUCUUGGCAAUAUGGUUCCGGUUCCAUUUAUCGUUCUCUACCUCAAAAAGUUUGCGUCUUUCUUGGCGGGUAAGAGCAGAACAGGUUCGAAGUUACUCGAGAUCUUGUUCAAAAGAGCUAAAGAGAAGGCUGGACCUGUGGAAGAGUUCCAGUGGUUAGGACUAAUGCUCUUUGUAGCCGUUCCGUUCCCUGGAACCGGUGCUUGGACAGGAGCUAUCAUAGCAUCGGUCCUAGACAUGCCGUUCUGGUCUGCUGUUUCGUCUAAUUUCUGCGGGGUUGUGUUGGCGGGACUGCUUGUGAACUUGCUGGUGAAUCUUGGUCUGAGAGAAGCCUUUGUGGCUGGUGUUGCUCUCUUUUUUGUGUCUACGUUUAUGUGGAGUGUAUUGAGGAAGAUUAGGAAGUCUGUAAGACCAACUUUGCCUUGAAUUGUUUUUUUUUUUAAAUGCCAAAGACUUCUUCACAUA